CGCGCAGUCAACCACGGAUCUGCUUCGCAAUUCAAUUCAGCACCUCCUUCCAAUCAACCUGCCGCAAUUUGACGAACCUUCACACAGACGCCAUUUUUUUGUGCGGUCAAAACUCGUUACACGUCCAAGCACGGCAGAGAUACAAAACAUCGCUCAGUCCAGUCCAACGGCGCAUCGCGCAAUAUCUCAUGGCUUAGACAUCGAAUAUCCACACGACUCCUCGACUCCUACACUGCAGUCGCCAUGCCCGCGUCGGUGCGCGACCCGAGUCCGCAAAACACCUUCAAAUUCCCUGCCUUCCAGCCAGAAUUGCUCCCUACGCCUGAAGACUACCCUUACGGUCUCAGUUCGUCGCGAACACCGAGUCCCGGUCAGCCAACGCAAGCAAAUGGCAGCGUCACACACGCAGAGAGGUGGCAGCCUCGGAAAGAGGUAAGAGCAGGGUUUGCAAAUGGCUUAGGAUUAAGUGCUGCGGCAAGGCACGGGCGACAGAAGAGCUUGACAGAGGCGUUCAGGACAAUACGGACACGCAACGGGAGUGUCAGCCAGAAUGCGCAUGAGAUCGCAGACGCGCUCAAGGCGCCGCUCUCCCCCAAACUCGUCAUGCUCUGCGGCGUCUGGUAUUUGACAUCCAUCUUCACCAACAUGUCUUCGAAGGCCAUCCUCACCGCGCUUCCGAAGCCAAUCACGCUCACAACCGUACAAUUCGCAUUCGUGUCAGGCUGGUGUAUCGUGCUUGCAACGCUUGCUAGGAAAUACCCGCGCCUGAAACAGACGAUGCCAUUCUUGAAAAACGGGAUUAGGCGGCCAACUAAGGAGCUGAUCAUGACUACGCUACCUCUCACACUCUUCCAGAUUGGAGGUCACAUAUUGAGCGCUGAUGCUACGUCAAGAAUACCAGUGUCUCUGGUGCAUACGAUCAAGGGGCUGUCUCCGCUUCUUACCGUCCUGGCGUAUAGCAUCUUCUUCAAAAUUCGGUACGCAAUGCCCACGUACCUCUCUCUGAUACCCCUCACGUUGGGUGUGGUUUUGGCAUGCUCGGCAGACUUCAACGCCAACUUCAUUGGCCUUUUCUCUGCCUUUGCCAGCGCAAUUCUCUUCGUAGUGCAGAAUAUCGUCUCCAAGCAGAUUUUCAACGACGCCGCAACCGCGGAGAGGGACGGAAUUCCGCUAAACCGGUUCACAAAACCAGACAAGUUGAACUUGCUCUGUUACUCUUCCGGCCUAGCUUUUCUCUUCACAAUCCCGCUCUGGCUCUGGUCUGAAGGGUUCACACUUCUGGGUGAUUUCCUGCAUGACGCUUCGAUCGAGUUGUCAGAUCAUCCUGGAGCUUUUGACCACGGGCGCCUCUUUCUUGAGUUUCUGUUCAAUGGUACAUUUCACUUUGGACAAAACAUUGUAGCAUUCCUCCUACUGUCAAUGGUUUCUCCCGUCACAUACUCGGUCGCCAGUCUUAUCAAGCGCGUCUUCGUCAUCGUCUUCGCAAUCAUUUGGUUCAAGAAGCCCAUGACGAGCGUGCAAGCGUUCGGUUUCGUGCUCACAUUUGCUGGCCUGUACUUGUACGACCGGACGUCUGAUGCUGCCAAAGCGGAUAAGCGAGCAAAAGCACUACAGUCAAAGUCUCAAGGUACUCUGCUACCAUUGGUAACCGACGUUAAUGCACGACCUACAUUUUCUACAAGCCCUGCCACCAUAUCUGGCGGGACAGGUGGAUAUCCAUUGGCGGGCAUUCCGGAGGCGAGAGACGCAAAGAAAGAUGACGACGCUGGUUAUGGGCGGCCUGGAACAGGUCCUAGCUAUUUGCCACCAGGCACGAAGCAAGAGGAUACGUGGCGGCCACACGAGAUGAACGGCAGGAGAGGUAUAGGCGUGUUAUGAAGUACUCGAAUAAAUGGUCUUUUCUCACUAUAUAAAGUAUAUUUAUAGACGUCUAAGUAGUUGACGAUCUGAUGUUAGAACAUGAUCUGCAUGCAAGCGUAUCCAAAUUCAAGGAUAGAUAGUCAAAGCAUAUGCAAGACACGUG